CCCCGUUGGUUCCUCCUCCUCUCGUCCCCUCCUCAGAUCAGAUCCGAUCUCUCGCUCGCUCGCACCGCCGGGCGAGACGCCGCCCGCCGCCCGCCGCCGACCGCCGCCGACAGUGCCCUCUCGCCACCGCCGUCUGCCGCCAUGGCGGCGGCCAACGCCCCCAUCGCCAUGCGCGAGGCCCUCACGCUCACCAGCCUGGGGAUCGCGCCGCAGUUCGUCACCUUCACCCACGUCACCAUGGAGUCGGAGCGGUACAUCUGCGUCCGCGAGACCUCGCCGCAGAACAGCGUCGUCAUCAUCGACAUGGCCAUGCCCAGCCAGCCCCUCCGCAGGCCCAUCACCGCCGACUCGGCGCUCAUGAACCCCAACACCAGGAUCCUCGCGCUCAAAGCUCAAAUAGCUGGAACCACACAGGAUCACUUGCAAAUAUUUAAUAUUGAGGCUAAGACUAAAGUUAAGUCACACCAGAUGCCUGAACAGGUUGUGUUUUGGAAAUGGAUCACACCAAAGUUGUUGGGUUUGGUUACACAGACAUCUGUUUAUCACUGGUCAAUUGAAGGAGAUUCUGAGCCAGUUAAGAUGUUUGAUAGGACAGCUAAUUUGGCCAAUAAUCAGAUUAUCAACUAUCGAUGUGAUCCAGCGGAGAAGUGGCUUGUGCUUAUUGGAAUUGCACCUGGUGCUCCAGAGAGGCCGCAGCUGGUGAAGGGAAAUAUGCAACUUUUUUCUGUGGAUCAGCAGCGUAGCCAAGCACUUGAAGCCCAUGCUGCUUCUUUUGCAACAUUCAAGGUUCCUGGCAACGAGAACCCAUCCACCCUCAUCUGUUUUGCUUCGAAGGCAUCUAAUGCUGGAACAAUUACUUCGAAGCUACAUAUUAUUGAACUGGGCGCCCAGCCAGGGAAACCUGGCUUUUCCAAGAAGCAAGCCGAUCUCUUCUUCCCACCAGAUUUCCAGGAUGAUUUUCCUGUAGCAAUGCAGAUCUCUCAAAAGUAUGGCCUUGUCUAUGUAAUCACGAAGCUUGGGCUUUUGUUUGUGUAUGACUUGGAAACUGCCAGUGCAGUUUAUAGGAAUAGAAUCAGCCCAGAUCCCAUAUUCUUGACUGCAGAGUCUUCUACUACUGGUGGAUUUUAUGCUAUUAACAGAAGAGGGCAGGUUUUGCAUGCCACUGUUAAUGAUGCAACCGUUGUACCAUUUGUCAGCGGUCAAUUAAACAACCUUGAACUAGCCGUGAAUCUUGCCAAAAGAGCCAAUCUCCCAGGGGCAGAGAACUUGGUUGUGCAAAGAUUCCAGGAACUGUUCGCGCAGACAAAAUACAAGGAAGCAGCAGAGCUGGCUGCAGAAUCUCCUCAGGGUCUUCUGAGGACUCCUGAGACUGUUGCCAAAUUCCAGAGUGUUCCUGUUCAAGCUGGGCAAACACCUCCACUCUUGCAGUACUUUGGCACACUGCUUACUCGAGGGAAACUGAAUGCCUAUGAAUCUCUCGAAUUAUCUCGCCUUGUUGUCAAUCAGAACAAGAAGAACCUUUUGGAAAAUUGGUUGGCAGAAGACAAGUUAGAGUGCAGCGAAGAACUUGGAGAUCUUGUCAAGACGGUAGACAAUGAUCUUGCGCUGAAGAUAUACAUAAAGGCUAGGGCAACCCCUAAAGUCGUCGCCGCUUUUGCUGAGAGGAGGGAGUUUGACAAGAUCCUUAUAUACUCAAAGCAGGUCGGAUACACUCCUGACUACCUCUUCCUCCUUCAGACCAUCUUACGUACAGACCCACAGGGAGCUGUCAACUUUGCUCUCAUGAUGUCACAAAUGGAGGGUGGUUGUCCGCUAGAUUAUAAUACAAUAACUGAUCUCUUCCUUCAGAGAAAUAUGAUACGUGAGGCAACAGCUUUUCUGUUGGAUGUACUGAAACCAAAUUUGGAAGAGCAUGCUUUCCUUCAAACCAAGGUUUUGGAGAUCAACUUGGUGACCUACCCAAAUGUUGCUGAUGCCAUUCUUGCUAAUGGUAUGUUCACUCAUUACGACCGGCCUCGUAUUGCUCAGCUGUGUGAAAAAGCUGGCUUGUACUUGCGGGCCCUCCAGCACUACGCAGAGUUACCUGAUAUCAAGCGUGUUAUCGUGAAUACACAUGCUAUUGAGCCACAGGCACUUGUUGAGUUCUUUGGAACCCUUUCUAAAGAAUGGGCAUUAGAAUGCAUGAAGGACCUUCUACUGGUCAACUUGAGAGGAAAUCUUCAAAUUGUUGUGCAGGCUGCCAAAGAAUACGCUGAGCAGCUUGGAGUUGACGCCUGCAUAAAACUAUUUGAACAAUUUAAAUCAUAUGAAGGCCUCUACUUCUUUUUAGGAUCCUAUUUGAGCUCAAGUGAGGAUCCUGAAAUUCAUUUCAAAUACAUAGAAUCAGCUGCAAGGACUGGACAGAUUAAAGAAGUUGAGCGAGUUACCAGAGAGUCUAACUUUUAUGAUGCUGAGAAGACGAAGAACUUCUUGAUGGAAACAAAAUUACCUGAUGCCCGCCCACUCAUAAAUGUUUGCGACCGCUUUGGUUUUGUUCCAGAUCUUACUCACUAUCUCUAUACAAAUAAUAUGCUCCGGUAUAUCGAAGGCUAUGUACAGAAAGUGAACCCUGGAAAUGCUCCAUUGGUAGUAGGGCAGCUACUUGAUGAUGAGUGCCCAGAAGAUUUUAUCAAGGGUUUGAUCUUGUCGGUCCGUUCUCUUCUCCCUGUUGAGCCACUGGUUGAUGAAUGCGAGAAGAGGAAUCGACUACGGUUACUUACACAAUUCCUAGAGCACUUGGUGAGCGAGGGUAGUCAAGAUGUGCAUGUCCACAAUGCUCUUGGAAAAAUUAUCAUUGAUAGCAACAACAAUCCUGAGCAUUUCCUGACUACCAACCCGUUCUAUGACUCCCGUGUGGUGGGUAAAUACUGUGAAAAGAGGGAUCCUACGCUUGCCGUUGUUGCUUACAGACGUGGACAGUGCGAUGAAGAACUUAUCAACGUUACCAACAAAAAUUCGUUGUUCAAGCUGCAAGCUAGGUAUGUGGUUGAAAGAAUGGAUGGUGAUCUGUGGGAUAAAGUUCUACAGCCUGAAAAUGAAUAUAGAAGGCAAUUCAUUGACCAAGUGGUGUCUACCGCAUUGCCAGAAAGCAAGAGUCCUGAACAAGUUUCUGCUGCUGUUAAGGCUUUCAUGACAGCUGACCUCCCUCAUGAACUGAUAGAACUUCUUGAAAAGAUUGUCCUUCAGAACUCUGCGUUCAGUGGAAACUUUAAUCUUCAGAAUCUGCUCAUCUUGACAGCCAUCAAGGCAGACUCAUCUAGAGUCAUGGACUAUGUUAACAGACUUGAUAACUUUGAUGGUCCUGCUGUCGGAGAAGUGGCUGUUGAAGCACAACUCUAUGAGGAGGCCUUUGCCAUAUUCAAGAAGUUCAACUUGAAUGUGCAGGCUGUCAAUGUUCUGUUGGAUAACAUCCGAAGCAUUGAAAGAGCUGAAGAGUUCGCUUUCCGUGUUGAAGAAGAUGCUGUUUGGAGCCAGGUUGCCAAGGCCCAGCUGCGUGAAGGUCUAGUUAGCGAAGCAAUUGAAUCAUUCAUCCGUGCAGAUGACGUGACGCACUUCCUUGAUGUCAUUCGUGCUGCUGAGGAAGCAAAUGUUUACCAUGAUUUAGUUAAGUACUUGCUGAUGGUAAGGCAAAAGGCAAGGGAGCCCAAAGUCGAUGGUGAACUCAUCUUUGCAUAUGCUAAGACUGAUAGGCUCAGUGACAUUGAAGAGUUCAUUCUGAUGCCAAAUGUCGCGAAUCUCCAAAAUGUUGGUGACCGUUUGUUUGACGAAGAGCUUUACGAAGCCGCAAAGAUCAUCUAUGCCUUCAUCUCAAACUGGGCCAAGCUGGCUGUCACCCUGGUCAGGCUGAAGCAGUUCCAAAGUGCUGUAGAUGCUGCCCGUAAAGCUAACAGUGCUAAAACAUGGAAGGAAGUCUGCUUUGCUUGCGUUGAUGCUGAGGAGUUCCGUCUGGCACAAAUCUGUGGCCUCAAUAUUAUCGUCCAGGUUGAUGACUUGGAGGAAGUCAGCGAAUACUACCAGAACAGAGGGUGCUUCAAUGAGCUUAUUUCCCUUAUGGAGAGUGGUCUUGGACUUGAACGGGCACAUAUGGGCAUCUUUACAGAACUGGGAGUUCUCUAUGCUAGAUACCGCCCUGAAAAGCUCAUGGAACACAUCAAACUGUUCUCCACCCGUCUCAACAUACCUAAGCUUAUCCGUGCUUGUGAUGAACAGCAGCACUGGAAAGAGCUUACAUACCUAUACAUCCAAUAUGAUGAAUUUGACAAUGCUGCCACAACUAUCAUGAACCACUCACCAGAUGCGUGGGAACAUAUGCAAUUUAAGGAUGUUUGUGUUAAGAUUGCUAACGUUGAGAUAUAUUACAAGGCAGUGCACUUCUAUUUGCAAGAACACCCUGAUCUCAUCAAUGAUCUUCUCAAUGUGCUUGCGCUUCGUUUGGAUCAUACAAGAGUUGUAGACAUAAUGCGCAAGGCUGGUCAGUUGCAUCUUGUGAAACCGUACAUGGUUGCAGUUCAGAGUAACAAUGUCUCUGCCGUCAAUGAGGCUUUGAAUGAGCUUUAUGUCGAAGAGGAGGACUACGAGAGGCUCCGUGAAUCUGUGGACAUGCAUGAUAACUUUGAUCAGAUUGGUCUUGCCCAGAAGCUUGAGAAGCAUGAAUUGCUUGAGAUGAGGAGGAUAGCUGCCUACAUUUACAAGAAGGCUGGCAGAUGGAAGCAAUCAAUUGCAUUGUCGAAGAAAGAUAACAUGUACAAGGAUUGCAUGGAGACAUGCUCACAGUCUGGUGAUCGUGAGCUCUCGGAGGACUUGCUUGUCUAUUUUAUCGAGCAGGGAAAGAAAGAAUGUUUUGCUUCCUGCCUCUUCAUUUGCUACGACUUGAUUCGUGCGGAUGUUGCUCUUGAGCUUGCAUGGACGAAUAACAUGCUUGACUUCGCUUUCCCCUAUCUGUUACAGUUCAUCCGUGAGUACACUAGCAAGGUAGAUGAUUUAGUGAAGGACAGGAUUGAAUCACAGAAGGAAGAAAAGGCCAAGGAGAGCGAAGAGAAGGAACUAGUUGCUCAGCAGAACAUGUACGCUCAAUUGCUUCCUCUCGCCUUGCCUGCUCCGCCCGGUAUGAUGGGUGGUCCACCUCCAAUGGGUGGUAUGGGCAUGCCUCCGAUGGGUGGAAUGGGUAUGCCGCCUAUGGGUCCUGGUCCGAUGCCAGCAUAUGGGAUGCCUCCAAUGGGAAGCUACUGAGUGGCUCCAUUGGCUUUUGAAGAGCAUAGAAGGAUGUCAAAUAUUUCAGUUCACCCAGAGACAGAUGAGGUUUGAUCCCAAGCGAAAUUGGUUCGUUGGAACUGUUAGAUCUGCGUCAUUGGUUGUUCCAGUUAAUAUUCUUUCGGUACCAUGACAAUUUUGGAGAGCGAAAUCUCUAGCCGAGUUUGAGUUAAUUACAGGUUGCUAUAUAUAUUACGAUCGGAUAGGAUCAGCAGCAUGACUGUGGUUAGACCCAGUUGAGUUGGGAAUUGCAAGACUGGUACCAUUUGUAUAGGUGUUUAUGUAAUGAAAGUUUGUAGAUCUCCAUGUACACUUGCCAGCGUUGGUGUUGCAAGCCAGCCAUAAACACAAACAAAUACUGUGUGUAUGUUACCUGUUAGGCUUUACGAUCUCAUGUCCAGUGGUUUGAUUUCUUACCUGAAAAAGAACACCUUUUUGAA